AUGCAGGGCUGGGUCAAUCAUUCCAACUGUUCUUUAAACUGCAGCUGGGAUGAGAACACAACUUACUGGGGAGUCGAGCCCCCGGUUACCAUUUUCCCCAUUCCGAUCCUUAUUGGGGUGACUGUCACCUGUGUCUUUUUCUUCGUCGUGGGAGUCAUGGGGAACUUGAUGACAAUUUUGGUGGUCACCAGGUACAAGGACAUGCGAACAACCACCAAUCUCUACUUAUCCAGCAUGGCCUUCUCAGAUUUACUCAUUUUUCUUUGCAUGCCCUUGGACUUGUACAGGAUCUGGAGGUAUCGACCGUGGAAUUUGGGCGAUAUACUUUGCAAGCUCUUUCAGUUUGUCAGUGAAUGUUGCACCUACUCUACUAUUCUAAACAUCACUGCUCUUAGUGUAGAGAGGUACUUUGCUAUUUGUUUUCCUCUUAGGGCUAAAGUGGUGGUGACCAAAGGUCGUGUCCGAGGAGUUAUCCUCGUUCUAUGGAUAGUAUCUUUCUUCAGCGCAGGACCUAUAUUCGUCCUCGUUGGUGUUGAACACGAAAACGGAACUAAUUCAUGGGAUACGAGUGAAUGUAAAGCAACGGAAUAUGCCAUUAGGUCCGGACUCUUAACAAUUAUGGUGUGGGUAUCAAGCAUCUUUUUCUUUCUGCCAGUGUUCUGCUUAACUGUGCUGUACAGUCUAAUAGGGCGAAAACUGUGGAAAAGAAAAAGAGAGACCAUUGGACCAAACAUUUCAAAUCGAGAAAAGAACAACAGGCAAACGGUGAAAAUGUUAGCGGUGGUGGUGUUCGCUUUCGUGCUCUGCUGGCUUCCCUUUCACGUCGGUCGCUACUUGAUCUCCAAGUCAUCAGAGGUCGGCUCUCCUGUGUUGUCUCUCAUCAGCCAAUACUGCAACCUCAUUUCUUUCGUACUCUUUUACCUCAGUGCUGCGAUCAACCCGAUUCUCUACAACAUUAUGUCUAAGAAGUACAGGAGUGCGGCUUGCAAACUUUUUGGGCUUAACAGGACUCAGCGACGCACUGCUUCUUCAAUCAAAGGCGAGAGUUCUCCAGGUUGGACAGAGUCAAGCGUGAGCUUGUGA